AUGUCCGGGCCACCGUCUCGCAUCCGCUCCAUUCUCGGCCAUCUCAUCCCCCAUCAAACGCCGCCUCCUCACAUCCAUCAUCUGUCGCCGACCUUCUUCCUCGAGCGCGCCGCAUCCAUUGAGCCGAAUGCCGAGGCCAUCUAUCACAUCACCUCCAACGGCGCCAUCUUGCACCGCACCUACCAGGAAUUCGCCGAUCGCGCCAGAGGCUUGGCCUACUAUCUGAAAAAGCACGGCUUCAAGCGCGUUGGCAUUCUUGCGCCCAACACGCCCGCCUUUCUCGAGGCCAUCUACGGCAUCCCGGCGGCUGGGGCUGUGAUUGCGCCCGCCAACUACAGGCUGAAGCCGGACGACAUUGCCUACAUCUUUGAGUUUGCAGAGGUCGACAGCAUCAUUGUCGAUCACGAGUUUGUUCAUCUGUUGGAUUCGUUCAAGGAGAAGCAUCCAAAGGUUCCUUUAAUCAUUGAUUCGGAUACCGACGCCACAGAAGGCCAGCUCUGCGGGCCUUUUGAUGAGGCCGUGCUAGAGGGACUCAACCAUGAUCGCGCCACGGGCAACGCAGGAUGGGCUGGGCUCCAUGCGCAUGCCACCAAUGAGGAUGACAUGAUUGCCAUUCCCUUUACCUCUGGCACCACAUCCCGGCCCAAGGGAGUCGUCUUCACCAACCGAGGUUCAUAUCUUGCCGCCAUGGGCAACAUCAUUGAGUCUGGGCUUAAUCAGGGCCGCUGCAAGUACCUGUGGACGCUACCGAUGUUCCACGCCAUUGGAUGGACUUUCCCAUGGGCUGUGGUGGCGGUGCGCGGCUUGAACGUCUGCCUGCGAAAGAUUGACUACCCACUGAUCUGGAAGCUCCUGAAAGAGCAAGGCAUUACUCACUUCAAUGCGGCUCCCACAGUCAACACUCUCUUGGUAGCGGCAAAGGAGGCCGAAAGACUCACCCACGAAGUCAAAACCAACCUUAAUCUCAUUCCCGUCCAUGUUUAUGGAAUGACAGAGACCUAUGGGCCUCUCACGAAAUGCUACGUCAUGCCAGAAUGGGAUGAUCUCCCACCGCAGGAGAAGUACGCCAAGAUGGCUCGCCAGGGUCACGGCUUCAUCACCAGCCUUCCCAUCCGGAUCGUCAAGCAAGAUCAGCCCGGCGGAGUCCUAGUAGACGUGGCCAAGAACGGCAAAGAGAUUGGCGAAAUUGUCUUUUUCGGAAACAUUUGUGCCAAGGAGUACUACAAAGAUCCCGAAGCCACACGAAAGCUCUUCGAGGGAGGCGGUCUACACUCGGGCGACCUGGCAGUAUGGCAUCCGGAUGGAAGUGCCCAAAUCCUAGACCGUGCCAAGGAUAUCAUCAUCUCUGGUGGUGAAAACAUCUCCUCGGUGGCACUGGAGAGCAUGCUGGUCGAACAUGCCGACAUUCUCGAGGCCGGCGUGGUAUCGGUUCCAGACUCUCACUGGGGUGAGCGACCCAAGGCAUACGUCACGGUCAAGGAGGGCAAGAGCCUGGUCGGCGAAGAUGUGAUCAACUGGGCCAAGCACCAGAGCAACAUUAGCAAGUUCAUGGUGCCCAGAGAAGUCGAGGUGGUCAAGGAGCUGCCCAAGACGAGCACGGGCAAGAUUAAGAAGAAUGACUUGCGGCAAUGGGCCAAGACUGGGCGUAAGGAGUAA